CUCGUCUUUUUGGCUCUGCCACCGGUCUGAGAUGCCUGGGGAGACGCUCUGCGGUGUGGACUCCUCUCCAUCACAAAAGGGGGCGAGGCUUUGCUGGAGUCGGGAGAAUCCGGGUGGACAGCGACCGACUGCGUCCACAGUGCCACAUCUCUCCUCGUGAAAAAAUGAGCUGUGGCCGUGCGAAACCGCAUCCCCGGCCGUCACACCCGUCACACACCGUGCAUCGCGUGUAAAAAAUAAGCCCGCAGAAUAAGGACGAAACUCCCUUCGCGUAGAGAAGAGGUGAGAUUUCAGCAGCAGCAUGUCUAGCCUUUUCUUUCAGCCUCCUGCCAACACGCGGACCGCUCACGUUCCGCGCAAGGGGGACUCUGUGUCUCAUUCAAAAAUGGAAAAGAGGAAGCCUUGGGUUGAUUACCGUGGGAACAUCAGGUCGCUUUGCAUCACGAAACUGCUCGUCUUUUGGGCUACGACGACGUGCACGCAGUUUUUUCUGGCCGGCGCCGAGCGCUGCCCUACAACGUGCACCUGCGAGGAAAACACCCGGAGCAUCACCUGCCGUAACUUGCAGGACAGCGAGAUUCCCACGGAUCUCCCCCAGUGGGUGAGCACUUUGAAUCUGACGGGCAAUAACAUCUCGACGCUCGUUAGGGAGGGCUUUUCCUUCAACGCAACUCAUCUGGAGCUAUCGACUCUUUUGCUGUCGGGAAACAACAUCCAGAGCAUCGAGGAGGACGCUUUCUUGGGACUCCCGAGCUUACAGAUGUUGGAUCUGAGCCGCAACAGACUGGUGUCCAUCUCACUGCACGCUUUCCACGGUCUGCUGGAGCUGCGCUACCUUUGCCUCAAUGACACCUUGGUGGAUUCGGCGGCCGCGCAGGUGUCGGGGGCGCUGACAACCGGAAAUCUGCCGCGUCUCCAGAGACUCGACUUGUCGGGGAACCAACUUAGAACUAUCCCCCUGGACACCUUCGAGACGCUCAGCAGCUUGGAAGCGCUGGACCUCACGAACAACUCUUUCCAGACCAUAGGGAAAGAAAACAUCACGAAGCUGUCCGAGCACAAAGCGAUACGCGUGUAUUUGGCGGCGAACCCUUUCGAGUGCAACUGUGAGCUGCAGAGUUUGUAUUUCUGGUUGAAGAACGGCUCGCAGUGCGUGGACGCACAUCGCCUGCUGUGCUGGGAGCCCGAAGGCAGGAGAGGGUUACCCAUCGAGAAACUCCGGAGGGAAGACGUGGAUUGUAUAAAUGCUGACUUGGAGGCGGUCUCCUACGUGUUCCUUGGCAUCGUGUUGGCCCUGAUCGGAAUCGUAUUCCUCAUGGUCCUUUACUUAAACAGAGAAGGCAUCAAAACGUGGCUGAACAACAUCAGGGAAGCCUGUCGAGAUCAGAUGGAGGUAUAUCAUUACAGAUACGAGCAGGACUCAGAUCCCAGGCUCGCCAACGUGGCCGUAUAAGCGACUUUCCUCAUGGCGAUAUUGCUUAUCUGUACCAUACUUAAGGAAUAAUUACUGUAUUUAUUUCCCACUGAACUGGGACGUAAUACAUGAUUACAUCUGAUGGACUCUGGUGGAUGCUGGGAUGCCAUGUGCUUGCAGAAGCAUUCAGAUGCAAGUCCCC